AUGGACACUACUAAACUCAACCAUUCGAAACUAGGCACUAAGGAAUACUGGGACAAUUUCUACAAACUAGAGAAGGAGAACUUUGCAGAAAACCCAGAUGAUACGGGUGAAUGCUGGUUUGCAGACUCUGGGGCCGAGGAGAAAAUUGUAGACUUUGUGUUCUCGAAUCUGGAUCCUAAUGUCUCUGUCUGCGAUCUUGGCACGGGAAAUGGACAUCUCCUUUUCGAGAUCCUUCAAGAGGGCUGGAAGGGACAACUCGUGGGAGUUGACUACAGCGAGGCCAGCGUCCAGUUUGCCAGGACCAUCGCAGAAACUAACGAUUUGAAUGUAGAAUUCUAUCAAAGCGAUAUACUCAAUCUGGAAGACCAGUUUCUCAAGACCAAUGCGGGAAAUUUCGACCUGGUUUUGGACAAGGGCACGUUGGAUGCGAUUGCCCUCAGCAAUAACCUGUAUGACGGCAAAACAGGACAGGAAGUGUAUCCAGACACGGUGAAAGUCUUGCUGAAAAAAAAUGCAGUGUUGCUGGUGACGUCGUGCAAUUUUACCCAAGACGAGCUGAUCAAGGUAGUAACUUCUUCAGGCAACUUUGAGGUUUGGAAGACUGUCGAGUACCCGGUAUUCGAGUUUGGCGGGGUUAAAGGCUCUGCCAUAUGUACUGUUGCAUUUAAACGCAGGUAA